GAGGGAGACACAUAUAGUGAAGCAGAAGUGACCUGGAGGUUUUGCCUUGUCUUAAGUCACCAAAUAUCAAUUUUUUAUAUUUUUGUAGUUUUAGUCGCCAUAUAUUUUGUGUUCUGUCUGCUGGAUAACUUUCCAUCGUCCCGAAACACUCGUCUGGCUUAAUAUUGAUUUUAGGCUUUGAGUACAUUCAUCAUGUCUGAAGAAAGAAGCUUAAGUGUCAAGGUCUACCUGGAUGUUGGUGGAGGUCGACAAGAAGUGCGAAGGUUCGCCCUUCCUGAGAACUUAGCCACAAACUAUCGCUGCUUGAAAGAAAAAGUCUCUUCCGUAUUUGCCCUUGGAAACAAGGAUUUAACCAUUACUUGGAAAGAUGCUGAAGGUGACAUGAUUGUAAUCUCAUCAGAUGAUGAACUGAUGGAGGCUCUUGCUGACACCCUGAGCAAGCAGAAUCUCCAACUGCUGCGGCUCAACGUGACAGUUGGGACCAGGCCUGAUGUGGGGCCUAAGAAUUCAGGUAAUCAGGAAGGAGUCCUUCAUGAAGGGGUGGUGUGUGAUGGAUGUGAGGGACCCAUCCGUGGAUUCAGAUACCGCUGUGUCAGCUGUGAAGAUUUUGAUCUGUGUGGUGCCUGUGAAGUGAAGGGCCUGCAUAAGGAGCACAAGAUGAUGCGCAUGUCUAAACCACAUGUGAAGGGAUCUCCUUGGUUCUUCUGGAGGGAAUCUGAAGAUUCACCUGGAAAUUUCACUUCACACUUUGGUGUACAAGGUAACAAUGGAUCAACUUGCUUUAGCUCAAGUGCAACAUCUGGUACUGGCACAGGUCCUGGUACAGGUGCUGGUGCUGCUGGGUGGACCUCCUGGGGUGGCCCUGGUUUUCGCCAUGCCCAUAGACGAGGAUGUGCAGGAAGGGGACGUGGAGGAUGGGGAGGAUGGUGGGGCAGAAAUUGGGGUGGUAAAAGUGGAGGAGGAUGUGAACAAGGACAGUCAAUGUUUUCUGGUUUUGGGCAACAGUACCAACAUCAGCAGCAACAUCAUCAGCAGCACCAGCAGCAACAUCAACAGCACCAGCAACAACAACAGCAGCACCAGCAACAACAACAACAGCAGCAGCAACAGCACCAGCAAAGUCAGGAACAGGGAAACCAAAAUAGCAACACACAUACUGAAUUUCCCUGGGCAAACAACACCUGCCCUUUCAUGGCUGGAGAAUGUAGUCCCCAGCAGAUGGCAGAAGAUGCUCAGAAAAUAGCUGAAGAUGCUCAGAAGAUGGCACAAGAAGCUGCACAUCAUGCACACGAGUUUGCUUCACAAAUGGCCUCAGAACAUGUUGCCAAUGUAAUGCGUGGUAUCUGGACUGCUUGGACUGGUCAUCAGGGCCCUGGCCAACAGGGACCUGGUCUUAAAGCAUCUUCAAGUUCUUCUUCUUCUUCAAGCUCUUCAUCAUCAAGCUCUAGUGGAGAUUCCCCACAGCAAAAAUCAAAAGAGCCCAAGGGACGUGAAGGUCAGCAGCAGAAAGACGUUAGCAUGGAAGCUAAUCAGACUACUGGUGAAGAGUACCUGAGGAAUGUUGGCGAGACUGUUGCAGCAAUGUUGGAUCCUAUUGGCAUUGAUGUCGAAGUGUCUGUAGAGCACAAUGGAAUUCGCCAGCGCUGCAGUCUAAGCAAGGAUGAUGUAGAGAAUCGUAAGACUCCAACAGUUUUGUUCCCUCCAAGUCCUCCAAAGGAACCAGAGUCACCUGAAAAGUCUUUGGCAUCGGAAACUAGUGCAAAUAUGGAAGUACAGACCGAUAGUCCAAGGCCCCAAGGAGGUAAUGAUGGUGGGGCAGAAAUAAUGGAAGUAAGCAGCCCUGAAGCAGGACCAAGCCAAAAUGCUGGAGAUCAAAUGGAAGGAGAGCAUUCUUCAGACAUAGAGGACUGGACACUGGUUAAUCAGGAUGCCAAUUCAGAAUCCCAGGGUGGUACCAAACCCAAGUCACCCCCCACUGAAAGGAGAGUUGUUUAUCCAGAUUUGGCAGUGAUUGAAACUCAUCCAAAUCCUGUCAUUCAGCGUGCUCUGGAGCAGAUGCAGGCUAUGGGCUACAACAAUGAGGGUGGAUGGCUCACCAACUUGCUUGAAAUGAAACAGGGAGACAUUAACCAAGUGCUUGACCUGCUCCAGCCAGUCAACAAGUAAUGUGUCAACUUACAUUGAACUUGAUGGAAGGCAUCAUUGUGUAUUGGCCAGCUUUCAUUGUGUUUACUGUGUUUUCCAAUAUACUGUAAUUAGGUAAAAUACUUUUUUUUUUUUUUUAAUCUUCAUGUAUUACUUUAAUUUCCUGAUGACCUACACAUGACAGUCAGAAGUUUGUCAGUGAAUGUGUGUAUUUAUAGUAACUGAUCCUUUCAUAUAUAACAAAGAAGAGUUGAAAAUACUGGAUAUUAUUACUUUUUAGUUUAUAAUAUACAAAUAUAUUUUCAUUUGAAGUUUAGAGAUGGUUAGAUGUAUUGCUAAGGCACUUAAUUUUAAAUAUGCCCUCACAGGAGUGAAAAGGUUCUUUAAUAUCCAUUAAUAUUAGCAUUUGAGAAAAUAUUUAGCAAAAGAUGUAGAAUGUAGACAUUUGAUACUGUCCAGGAACUAGUUAAAUUCUGUACUAUGUAUCCUAUUCAUAAAAGCUUGUGUAAACUAGUAAUUUGUUCUUAAUAGGUUGUAAGGUAAAGCUGUCUGUAGUUCUCACAUUGAGUGUUCCAUAAUUCAUUGUGACAUUUAAUACGUGCUAGAGUAGAAAGAAUAAUAUAUAUUUUUGCUGUGGUAUUUUUUGAAGAACUGGCUCUGUUCUCUAGUUCUGUACCAAAUAUUCAAUUAAUGUUAGUAUAUAUAUAAUAGUCAUAUAUUAAUGAGGACCUUGUGGCAGUGAUCAUAUUUCUUAAUGUGGAGUUGUUACACUGCAUUGUAUUUUAAUGAGAGCAACAAUGCUCUUCUAAGGAAUAUUUAGCCAAAUAAAAUACUACUAUAUAGUAAUGUUUGUAUAGCUGCCCCCAAAAUAUCUUUUUGAAUAUAUAUAAAUAAAUAUAUGCAUAUGUAUAAAAUUAUGCAUCAUAAAGUAUACAUAAACAGAAUCUUAGUUGUAUUGAAUAUGAAAUGCCCAUCGCACAGCUGGCGUGGGAGUAAAUCUCAACUGCAUGAAUCAUACCUAGUGAGCAGGGUUUUUUUUUCCAAUGGGUGCUACCAGCCCUAUGGUGGACAUGUCCUUGAUGUUACAUUAGGUAAUGGAAACGGACUUUUGAAUUAACCUAAAUAGUUUUAUGAUACUGGAUGUAAUUUCUAAGUACUGUAUACAAUGGAUAGGCUAAUUUUUGUAUGCAGUUCGUUAAAUAAUGUAUAUUUAAAGUAGUUGUGUAUACACUGGUGAUGCUUGUUUAUUGUACUGUCAAGUGAGAUUUAAGUCUCAUUAGCACCUUUUUGUGAAUUCAGUAUUCAAGUUGGUUUCAUUUAUUGUACUCUGUUGUAUUGGUAAUGCUAGAGUGUUCCUUAUUAGUUGUAUUAAACUAAAUAAUGUGCUAAUCCCUUGUGGGUUACUCAGCACAAGGAGUGCUAGGGACUUUAGCCUCUGGCCCUUAAUUAGGGCCUUCUUGUUUAAUAUUUAUAUUGUCACUUUGCUGGUGCAGGGAUGUGUUCAACAGUAGGUACUAUACAAAUUUUUGUUUCCUGACUUUUAAAAAAUAAUCUUUGUUAUAGUUUCAAGUAUUCAGUAAAGUUUAGAGAAUUUACAUAAUGCAAAAGGUACCAUACAUAUUCAUGAAUAUGUUAACUAUUUUUCAUAGCCUAAUAGUGUGUUUACAUAGAUACUUACUUGUGCAUUCCUGUGUAAACUGUGUUACAUAUUUGCACUUAUAUAAUGGUCAGCGUUGUAUGACCCUUUUGGGUUUAGCGCAGUUAUGAUUAUAAUAAUAUAAAGUAAAAGGACACAAGUGCAACUAAUGUGACAUUUUAUUGUGGCAACGUUUCACUCUCCAGGAGCUUUGUCAAGCCGAAAGCUCCUGGAGAGCGAAACGCUGCCACAAUAAAUGUCACAUUAGUUGCACUUGUGUCCUUUUACUUUACAUAGUCGGUAAUUCUACCAACAUUAUUAUGAUUAUAAUAAUAGAAUGAUGGUACAGUAUUGCAAUGUGUUUAUUUUACUUGAGUGGAAUGUAGCACAUAAGUCUUCAAUAAAGUGUUAUAUGUUUAA